UUUAUACUGGCUAAUUGUGAGCGUAGUUUUUAAAAGUGCACUUGGGGAGGCUGGCCCAAGGCGAUUAAAAAAUCGCAACCGGAGACCCCUUUAGUGCUUCAUGCUUCUCUGUGCAGUCUAUAUUAUCUGCAUAUUUGCGUGGGUGUAUGACUGCAUGAUUGUAAGCUAUCAUUUUUUGGGUAGAGGUGUUCAUGUAGAAGUAGGAUAAGUGUACUUUCUGUUGAAGGAAAUUCUAUGUAGUGUGUUAUCGUUUAUAUAGAAUAUGUAUUAGGGUCAAUUCUAUGUAAACUAUGUAAUUUGGGCCUAUUGGCCUGUACUUGUAAACCCUACUCUAUCCCUAUUUAUAGGGGCAUUCGGUAAUGAAACUCUACGAACAAUUCUCCCUACAACACAUUAUCCGCACGACAGUCUCACCCUAGCUUUCUCUCCCCUCUCUUCCAUCACCAUUCGUCUGCUCCGCCUUUGGAAGCACUGGCAUCCGCCACCGCUUAGAAACUAAACUGUAGGACAAAUGGAUGUCCAUCAUCCAAUGCUCUCCUUCAUCCGCAUAAAAAAAAAUCCUUUCCACUGCUUCGCUGGUCGAAGAAUUUUAGUUUUCAACCGUCCACAGCCAUCCUGGCCAACCCCUCCUAGUUGACAUCUUCUUCUCAUGUCCCGCCGUGGGACAGUCUUUCGGGAGUUGCAGUUCGCACCCCACCUCCGGAUCUAGAUCGAAUAUCAUCCGUCACUCACAGUUUCAUCGUCGAUGGCAAACUCACUGCUGAAUGGACAGCCCAGAUCUUUAUUUGGUGGUCAAGGCCAUCGCCGCCCCACACAGCCGGAACAACCGACCGCCCCACACAGCCCCUCUUCUCAGUUGGCCACCGAAAUCAGUCUUUUGCCGUCGUUCGUCGGAUCCCGUCGUUGAAAGGCCCAUGCGUGCCGGAUCUACCGCUGAAGGCCGACGCUUGCCCACCGGAUUGCCGCUGAACACCAGCGUCCUCCAGAUCUACUGCUAAAGACCAUGGCAGCUGAUGGGAGGAUGCAACGUUUAGUUUGCUCGUGGUUAUUGCAAGCAAACAGAGGACAGAGGAACGUGGAGGGCCCCACUAAUUCAGGUAUCCAUUGGAAUUAUUACAGUGAAUUCAUUUUACUUCGUACUCCGUAUUAUUUGUUUAAUCAUUUAUCAAUACACACUAAUUCAGAAUGGGGUCUCUGUUUUCCAAAGUUAUACGGUACGUAUGAUUUGACUUGCUUGGCUGUAACACCCAAACUAUCUACUUUCAUUAGAAGUACGAGUAUAUGCUAAUCUGCCUCACGAUUUUUUUAAAAAGAAAAAGGGUAUUGCAACCUUCUUGUAAAUUAAUAAUUGUAAAUGACUCCCACUAAUUCAGGUAAAAAAAAAAUCGCAGAUAAUACAUGUUAUUUUAGUAAGAGCACUCAUAAUGUAAACUAAUAGUGUACCGAGUGCUCACAAAAGUGCAUAUGUAUGUGUACUUUUAUAUGGUAAUUGGCUUGUUUUGGUUUGAUGCAUAAGUAUCAUGAUUUUAUAGAAUGUUUAUCCCAACAAUAUUUCAAAUAUAAUUUCCCUAUAUACGACCCUUUAUUGCAACAAUCUAGUCUAUAUUUUUGUAAAAUAAGAACCCUAGAGGUAGUCAUGAUUGUGUGAUUUUUACGGAGUACUACUUAUCCCACAAACUUGACAAUUUGAUGUAUUGGACUCAAAUGCACUUAGAGAAUUGUCAUUCAAUUUCCUCUUGAAAUCGGAACCAAUAUUUACGGGGAUGAUUAAAAGUUCAAGAAAUGUCAAAGAUUGUGGGUAUCUUAAUUUUAAAAUACUCAGAUUGAGAAAGCAAUCAAUAACCAUUAUGACAUUUUAUCUCAAUAAGAAUUUAUUGGAGCAAAAGGGUCGAGCUCUAAUCCGUAUUGAUCCAUAUAGUAAAAGAGUGAAAAAGUACGUACACCCAUUGAUUGUAAGCGAUUAAGAACCUCUGAAGAACAAGAGAUUCAUCACACGAGAGACUAAAUAUAAAUUCGACCAUAUGAUUAUCCACUGUGUUGAGAUUAAGAACAUUCUCAAAUUGUUGGAUUUAUCAAUUUUUUUAAUAUCUUCAUGAAUUUUAGCAAUAUAGACCUUACGGCUUCUAAUUACCCUUAUUUUUGAGUCUUAAAGUUUGGUUUAAAUCUUGUGUAUCCAAUUAAGAUUUUAAAUUGAUUUGACAUCUCAUUAUUUUAUCUCAAAAUAUAUUUGAGAAUUGAGGUGUUUAUACAUUAAGAUUCAAUAUAUCUGUAUCUAUGAAUUUUGUUCAUAACAAAAUGGAUACAAAGAAAUAUAUUCAUAAAAUGAUGGAAUGACAAGUACUUCAUUCCAUUAGAAAAAAACUCUCGAGUGUUGUUUUUUUUAAAUUGGUGACAUCCAUAAAUAAGUGGUUUACCAUGCAUGGGGUCAUCCACACUAGACUAAAGGAUAUAUGGUUACUUAUUGAAUCAAGAUUCACUUAUCACUUAAUUCGAUUUAUAGGAUUAUGGAUUAUAAAUUUUCCCUAUUACAAUACUUUCGCAUGAAACUUUGUAAAAAAAAUGAGAUAGAAAAUAUUAUGCAAAAGAAAAUGCAUAUUUGUAAAUCACUAAUGGCGCUUUAGGACACUGACGCCUACGAUCAUUGGCAUAAUGGACUUGGAUUCUAUUUUCUUCUAAAAUAAAGCCAAAAUGAGAUUAGCCUUCAACACAAUGUAAUGUGUUGAUCUGGGUAGUGCUAAAUACAAAAAAUGCCUAGUAAUAUAUAACUUCUAAAAUAGGAGAAGAAAUAUGUACGUCACAUUAUGCACAUGUAGUAGAAGUUAUACCAAUUAUUUCUCAAAGUUUACUCCUUAGCAAUAAUAGAAUUGAGACUAUUCUAUGCUAAGGCUAUAACAUUAAAGAUAUCUCAUUUUUUUCAAUACAAUGACAUGCGAGAACUUAUCUACCAAAAUGCGGACCAUUUAAAUAAUUAUGGUUUGAUAGAAAUCUCUUCAUGCUAUCUAUUUUCUUGUUACAUAAAAUGUUGCAUUUGCAAAACUUCUAGCAAAAUUUAUUCUUUUAAGGGCUCACCACCCGACCAAUCAAGUCUAUAUGACUUUUUAUUGCUAGACAGUUCUCAUCAGAAGUAAUCGAUGAGUAUUGCAUUUUUGUCGAGAUCAAUAAAAAUCAUCUCACAUCCCAUGUAAAAAUAAAGUCUCACUAAAACUCACAUCUAAAAGAAUAUAGAUGAUGAAUAUUAUAUCUACUAUGCGCACACGUAUUUAUAAUUAUUUUCAUGGGAUUAUGCAAUAUUGCAAGCACUCUUACACAUUUGUUUUUAGACCGACAGUAGACAACCCUUUUGUGUAUACCAGUUGGUGACUGGAUCUUAGCCUGAGAUGUUCUAUGUAUACAUAUAUGGUUGUUAAGUAAUUGUGCCUAAUGCGCCUCCCACAGCGCACUAUAAUCGGUUUUAAAAGACAAAUGUUGUUUAUGUUGGAUAUGAACCUCCAAUAAUAACCGCUACAAGCCUUAACAAAUAAUGUGUUCACCGCUUUGCGGAAUAUUACUUUUAUGAGACAACUAAUUUUCCUGUCAUUAGGGGGAGAUUAGAGAAAGAAUUCUCUAUUUAAAUGACAGGUACAUCACUACUCUGUCUCAAUGAUAAACUUUAGACUUGAAAAUGUAACAUUGAAGUUGAAGUGUUUAUCAAUUAUCAUAAAUGAUUUAAGUAAUCAGAUUAUACACAUUAACUGCAAAUAUAUUCAUAAGGCUUGAAUUCAAAUUAAAAGACACAAUGCUAAAGGAAGAAGCAUUGCAACCACAAACCGUGGGGUUAUGGUUGAGGCCGUGGCUCUCUAAAGGAACAGAGUGAGGCCAUAUGGUUCGAUCAAUUAUCCACCCCAAGUAGUAGAGGGUAGAUAAGGCACAAACCAAUAUAUUCGUCAUCAUAUGAAUUCCUCUCAUAAGAUUAUCUCUGACUAAACAUGUCCAUGAAUCAAUAAUGGGGGAUGCCUUGAAGUUUAAAUGAUUCCAGAGAAUUAAAAUCUCCAUGUUAAUGAGAGUGUGUAUGAGUCAAAUGAUAGACCUUACACUUAUACUGACGAUAUAUUUAUGGUUGCUCAAACGAAUAUAGAGCACGAUGAUAUCGAACCAUACUCUAUUGCAACAUGAAAGCAAUGAGAAUUUUGGCCUAAAAGCGUACAAGUAAUCCAGGUAUAAAUUUAAUAUUUGACAAAGAGACAGGUAUUUGGUGUGAUAGUGCUAAUCAACCAAGUGUAAAGCCUGUAGGACAUAAAUUAUUCUUUGUUAGAAAGCGUAUUGAGGUAAUGAGGUCCUAAUUAUUCUCAUUACGUCCUUGUUGGGAUAUAUUAUCCCGGCCUAUUACUGUUCAGGAGCCCAAGACUUUACGUAGUACGGAGCCCAAUCAGUAAGGCCCAUUUUAGCCUGUCAGGCCUGUUUCGGCCUUUGGGCCCAUUUUGGCCCAUUCGGCCCGUUAGGGUGGAGAGCCCCCUUUCUCCCUAUUCCCUAUAAAUAGGGGGUUUCCCUCCAUGUAAAAGGAUCUCUUUCCUUCUUCCCCAACUCAUUUACUUUCUCUAGAAUAGCUUGCAAGACUCCAUUAAUGGGAGCUCAAAUUGUACUAUGUAAUGGUGAGGAGAGUCCUAAUGAGAAGGAGAGGGCUUGGACAUUAGCCUAAAAAGUCCCGUGGUUUUCUCCCUUUCGGGUUUCCACGUAAAAACUGAGUUGUUCAUACACAUCUAUACAUAUAUUUACUAUAUCGUGUUGGAUUAAACUCAACACUGGCGCCGUCUGUGGGAAUCUGUCCAAAAAGCCAUGCAGAUGGUUAUGUGUGUAUACAUAUUGUCGGGCCGUGCGGCCCGUUAUCAUGCUUAUUGCGCAGCUGAAGCCACUCGACGCGUUCGAGCGAAAUGAUUAAAAGACGCUCGGCCCAAGUCUUGGAGACGUUCAGGGCCAGCUAAAGAGGGGACCACCACGGUUGAGAACCGUGGGACGAGCAUCUCCACCCCAGAGACCGAUUGCCUAGGAAGAACACCUAGAGGCCGAGGGUCUAGAGGGGACUGCCACGGCGAAGAACCGUGAGACGAUCAUCCAUCAUUCAGAGGCCGAAGGCCUAGAGGAGACCGUCAUGGCCGAGGGCCAACUGACACAAUCAUAUCACGACCGGCCUCUCGGCACGGCGUGAUUAUCAUAUUUUAAGACCGGCCUUGUCCCCGCACUGCGCGGAUGAGGACCGUUGCUUGGAUUUCAGGUCGGCCUAUCAUUGCCGACAUCAUUAUAUCACGACCGGCCUCUCGGCACGGCGUGUUUAUCUUUUGAAGACCGGCCUCGUCCCCGCGCUGCGUGGAUGAGGACCGUUGCUUGAUUUUAGGUCGGCCUCUCAUUGCCGACAUCAUUAUAUCACGACCGGCCUCUCGGCACGGCGUGAUUAUCUUAUUUGAAGACCGGCCUCGUCUCCGCGAUGCGCGGAUGAGGACCGUUGCUUGAUUUCAGAUCGGUCUCCCGUUGCCGACAUCAUUAUAUCAUGACCGGCCUCUCGGCUCGGCGUGUUUAUCUUUUGAAGACUGGCCUCGUCCCCGCGCUGCGUGGACGAGGACCGUUGCUUGAUUUUAGGUCGGCCUCUCAUUGCCGACAUCAUUAUAUCACGACCGGCCUCUCGGCACGGCGUGAUUAUCUUAUUUGAAGACCGGCCUCGUCCCCGCGAUGCGCGGAUGAGGACCGUUGCUUGAUUUCAGAUCGGUCUCCCGUUGCCGACAUCAUUAUAUCAUGACCGGCCUCUCGGCUCAGCGUGUUUAUCUUUUGAAGACCGGCCUCAUCCCCGCACUGCGCGGAUGAGAGCCGUUGCUGGAUUGCAGGUCGGCCUAUCAUUGCCGACACCAUUAUAUCACGACCGGCCCCUCGGCUCGGCGUGCUUAUCUUUUGAAGACCGGCCUCGUCCCCGCCACAUCGCGGACGAGGACCGUUGUUUGAUUCUUUCAGGUCGGCCUCUCACUGCUGACACUAUCAUGUUAUGUUCGGCCUCUCGGCACGACAUAUUUAUCUUUUGAAGAUCAGUUUCAUCCCCGCACUGCGUGGAUGAGAGCCGUUGCUUGGAUAUAUCGGCCUGAUCGGACACUAUUGUCAUCUCCUUAUCAGGACCGACUGCUCAGCGGCAUUAUGAUCAUUGUUUGUCGGCUCCCAAUGCCGACCCUCUUGAGUUUGCGAUCGGGCUCACGACUCCCCUCCAGGAGGGUGACCAGGGCCUUCGCAUGACGAUCAGCUAUUCUAUCGCCUCGUCAUUAUAUUCGUUCGCUAUGCCACCACCAUUAUGUGUGACAUCCUGUGAUCCUGCGAGUUUCGUGGAUACCGAAUGUCUUCUUCGAUGUAGGAAGAUCGGUAGGACCACGGACCAGGGACGGACAAAGAAGAGCUAGGGAAUCUCGAUGUAGAUAAACCUGUUCCUCCUUGCGAGUUUCGCGGAUACCGAACGUCUCUUCGAAGUAAGAGCACUGGUAGGACCAAGAACCAAGGACGAACGAAGAAUAUGGAUUGCCUCCCUCAAACAAAAAAAAAAAAAGAUGGGGAGAAGAGGAGGGUAGCUCCUAUGUGGAAGGGAAUCUUGCCCGGGCGUGCCAGAUCUUCUCCCACCGCCGAAGACGAACGCCUCUCGAUGUAGAGGUUAGUAGAGACGCGGAGGGGGCUAGACGAACCAAGGGAGCUUUGCCAAGAUAAACCUGUUCAUCCCACAAUGACCAUGGAUCGAUGGACGUGGGAUAACAAAGACGGGAACCCGUGAGGGUAAACCAGUUCGUCCCUGCGAGUUCCUUGGGUACCGAACGUCUUCUUCGAUGCAAGAGACGCCGGUAAGACUAAAAGGACCAGGGACGAACGAAAAAGGGGGAAUCUCGAUGUAGAUAUACCUGUUCCUCAUUGCGAUGUCCGCGGAUACCGAACGUAUCUUCGAUGUAAGAACGCCGGUAGGACCAAGGACCAAUGACGAACGAAGAUUAAAAGACUCCAAAAAAAAAAAAAAAGAAGAUGCCAGAAGAGCACGGAGCAAAGAAUGAUUUUAUCCCUUGGCACUAUUGGCCGGGAAGUACAAACUGAAAAACAUAUGUAAAGAAUAAUUACAAGACUUAGGUACGAAGAAUGAAGUGGCCGACGACGAUCGGCUAACAUCAGGUUUUCUUUUGCCUCGAACGACGAUUAGCUCCCCAGAUCAGGUAGGAGGGACAUCGCCCAGAUUUAUUUCAGGCUCACCAUUCCUUCCCGGAUGGAGUCCUGGCAGACGAUCGGCUUCUCACAGCCAAUCAGGAGAGAGAUUUGACACAUCACCAGCACGGCCGAGGGCCGUGAGACGAUUACCACUCACCGACAGGCCGAGGGCCAUGAGAUGAUCAUCACUAUUUUUCUGUAUCACGAUCGGCCCCCCAGCGCCAUCGUGUCCAGACUCACGGUUCGGCUCGCCCAUUCCCUCCAGGAUGGCGACGACCGUCUUAUGCAGUGCGAUCGGCCCCUCAGCGCCAUCGUACCUGGCUUCACGAUUCGGCUCGCCCAUUCCCUCCAGGAUGGCGACGACCGUCUUAUGCGGCACGAUCGGCUUCUCAGCGCCAUCGUGUCUCUUUCGCGUUCGGAUCGCCCCAUUCCCUUCAGGAUGGCGACGAACGUCUUAUGCAGUGCGAUCGGCCCCUCAGCGCCAUCGUACUAGAUCUCACGGUUCGGCUCGCCCAUUCCUUCCAGGAUGGCGACGACCGUCUUAUACAGCACGAUCGGCUUCUCAGCGCCAUCGUGUCUCUUUCACGUUCGGAUCGCCCCACUCCCUCCAGGAUGGCGACGAACGUCUUAUGCAGUGCGAUCGGCCCCUCAGCGCCAUCGUACCUGAUUUCACGGUUCGGCUCGCCCAUUCCUUCCAGGAUGGCGACGACCGUCUUAUACAGCACGAUCGGCUUCUCAGCGCCAUCGUGUCUCUUUCACGUUCGGAUCGCCCCAUUCCCUCCAGGAUGGCGACGAACGUCUUAUGCAGUGCGAUCGGCCCCUCAGCGCCAUCGUACCUGAUUUCACGGUUCGGCUCGCCCAUUCCUUCCCGGAUGGCGACGACCGUCUUACACAGCACGAUCGGCUUCUCAGCGCCAUCGUAUCUCUUUCACGUUCGGAUCGCCCCAUUCCCUCCAGGAUGGCGACGAACGUCUUAUGCAGUACGAUCGGCCCCUCGGCGCCAUCGUACCUGAUUUCACGGUUCGGCUCGCCCAUCCCAUCCAGGAUGGCAACGACCGUCUUAUGCAGUACGAUCGGCCCCUCAGCGCCAUCGUACCCAGCUCACGUUCAGCCGUCCAUCUCUUUCAGGAUGGCGAUGAACGUCUCUUAUGCAGCACGAUUAGCGCCCCAGCGCCAUCGUGUCUGGCUCACGUUAGGGUCGCCAUCCCUUUCAGGAUGGCGACGAACGUCUCUUAUGCAACACGAUCAGCGCCCCAGCGCCAUCGUGUCUGGCUCACGUUAGGGUCGCCCAUCCCUUUCAGGAUGGCGACGAACGUCUCUUAUGCAGCACGAUCAGCGCCCCAGCGCCAUCGUGUCUGGCUCACGUUAGGGUCGCCCAUCUCUUUCAGGAUGGCGACGAACGUCUCUUAUGCGGCACGAUCAGCGCCCCAGCGCCAUCGUGUCUGGCCCACGUUAGGGUCGCCCAUCCCUUUCAGGAUGGCGACGAAUGUCUCUUAUGCAGCACGAUCAGCGCCCCAGCGCCAUCGUGUCUGGAUCACGUUAGGGUCGCCCAUCUCUUUCAGGAUGGCGACGAACGUCUCUUAUGCAACACGAUCAGCGCCCCAGCGCCAUCGUGUCUGGCUCACGUUAGGGUCGCCCAUCCCUUUCAGGAUGGCGACGAACGUCUCUUAUGCAGCACGAUCAGCGCCCCAGCGCCAUCGUGUCUGGCUCACGUUAGGGUCGCCCAUCUCUUUCAGGAUGGCGACGAACGUCUCUUAUGCAGCACGAUCAGCGCCCCAGCGCCAUCGUGUCUGGCCCACGUUAGGGUCGCCCAUCCCUUUCAGGAUGGCGACGAACGUCUCUUAUGCAGCACGAUCAGCGCCCCAGCGCCAUCGUGUCUGGAUCACGUUAGGGUCGCCCAUCUCUUUCAUGAUGGCGACGAACGUCUCUUAUGCAGCACGGUCAGCGCCCCAGCGCCAUCGUAUCUGGCCCACGUUAGGGUCGCCCAUCCCUUUCAGGAUGGCGACGAACGUCUCUUAUGCAACACGAUCAGCGCCCCAGCGCCAUCGUGUCUGACUCACGUUAGGGUCGCCCAUCCCUUUCAGGAUGGUGACGAACGUCUCUUAUGCAACACGAUCAGCGCCCCAGCGCCAUCGUGUCUUACUCACGUUAGGGUCGCCCAUCCCUUUCAGGAUGGCGACGAACGUCUCUUAUGCAACACGAUCAGCGCCCCAGCGCCAUCGUGUCUGGCUCACGUUAGGGUCGCCCGUCCCUUUCAGGAUGGCGACGAACGUCUCUUGUACAGCACGUCUGCCUCUCGGCGCUGACAUGCUCGAGUUCUCGUUGAGAGCUACCACUUCUAUCACAUCUCACAUUCCUUCUCUCAUACAUUGCACCCAUACAUUACAUGCAUUCAUGCAUUCAUGCAUCAUACCUCAUACAUUCGUACAUACACACGUGCAUCGUGUUUUGACAGUACCGCGACGUCGGUUUAUAGAUACAUGGGCCUCUAAGCUUCUCCGAUUGGAAAGCUCGAGUCAGAGUCCUUUACUCCCGCCUGAUGCAUUCAGGGGGAGUGUGCCCGUGGAGGAGCACCCUUCGCCCGACCCCGUCGAGAAGGGGGGUGCCUCACCGGCAGAUUACGUUCAGGAGUGCAGACAAUCACUCAUAUAUUAUGAUUAUGUGAAGACACAGUUUCCAGCAAGACAGAGGAAGAGCGCAGGCAGAGUAUAUUUUCUCGAGCAGAUUCGCGAGCUCACUACUCAAGAAACUGGGGGACUUGUGUUGGGAUAUAUUAUCCCGGCCUAUUACUGUUCAGGAGCCCAAGACUUUACGUAGUACGGAGCCCAAUCAGUAAGGCCCAUUUUAGCCUGUCAGGCCUGUUUCGGCCUUUGGGCCCAUUUUGGCCCAUUCGGCCCGUUAGGGUGGAGAGCCCCCUUUCCCCCUAUUCCCUAUAAAUAGGGGGUUUCCCUCCAUGUAAAAGGAUCUCUUUCCUUCUUCCCCAACUCAUUUACUUUCUCUAGAAUAGCUUGCAAGACUCCAUUAAUGGGAGCUCAAAUUGUACUAUGUAAUGGUGAGGAGAGUCCUAAUGAGAAGGAGAGGGCUUGGACAUUAGCCUAAAAAGUCCCGUGGUUUUCUCCCUUUCGGGUUUCCACGUAAAAACUGAGUUGUUCAUACACAUCUAUACAUAUAUUUACUAUAUCGUGUUGGAUUAAACUCAACAGUCCUGGAUUCAAAUAUGAAAAGUUACAUACACUUCUCUAUUUUGAACACAAAAAUGUUCAACUACUUAAUCUUUAAGUAGCCUCCAAAGUAAUGGAGACGCAACUAAAGAUUGGAGUCACCAAAUAAAUGUCUCAAUCUUACUUAAGAGCAGUUAUGUUUUUAUGAACAACUUAUGUUUUUAUCAAGUGGUUUUUAAUAACAUUAUAUACAUUCACAUUUGGAUUAAAUCAAUCCAGACGGGAGUGACAUACCCGCCUAAGUGACCACUUGACUGAAAAGGGAUGCAAAAUGAAUAUAUUAUGCCUAGCGCAUUUAUAAUGGAAUAAGUUUUGUUUCCAAAUAUCACUGUAUCUCCAUGACAUAGACAUAAUAUGUACUUAUAAUGGAACAUGAGACAUGUUAGAUACUUGAAAAUCAUAAUUGAGAUAAAGGAUCUUGGGAAACUUGGUUCUUUUUUGAAAUUAAACACUGAGUUGGUUGAAUACUAAUUCACCAGUUGCAUAUAUCCAAAAGGGUUCUCAGGCAAAAUUGAUAUGGAUAAAUGUAAACUGUUAGCACUCCCAUGAUUGGUCGAAAUAUGGAUACUAGAAAAGUUCCAUUACUAAAAAGUUAUUGGGAGGAGAAAUUCCCUAUGUAAGUGCAAUAUGCGCAUGAUUGUACUUUGACCAACACAUUCGACCAAAUAUUACAUUCUCAAUAACGUGUUAGCUAAAAAUAACUCAGGACCAACACAUCGGAUAUCGUCAUUGAAAUGGUAUCAAGAGUGUACUUUGAUAUCUAUAUGAAACCAUUGGAGUAAUCUUUAUUCAUCCCUUAUAAAUUGAAUUAAAUGAUUGAUGAUAACAAUGUUCCUAAAGGAAUUGAAAACAUCAAAAGUAUUACUCUAACACAAAACAACGUGAUUUGAGUUUUACCGAUGAUAUGUAUCCCCUUACUAUAUCGAUAUUUUAUUAAUGAGUAUAUAUUUAUCAUGAAAGAAACCAUGAUGUCAUAUACGAAAUACCUUAAUAAAAGUAUAUAUCAAGUAAAUGUUAGAUUCUUAUUGAUGUGUUGCACUGAGGGGGAGUACUUACACACUUAUUUAUCAUCAAUUAUAUUAUAUUGGCGUGUUGUACUCUUUUUCCUUUUUAACCAAGGUCUAUUUUUUCCCAUUGGGUUUUGAUACUUGGUAAGUUUUUUUGAGCCAACAUAAUAUGCAUCAUCCCCCACUUUAAUUUUGCAAAGGUAAAACUAUGUUGAAGGAAGAACAUAAUUAAUACGAGUAUAUUGCAGUCAAAAGUAAUUGACGCGUGCUUAUUAGUGCAUCAUAUUUUCCUUUGACCGAUGUUUAUUUUUCCCAUUGGGUUUUGUUUAUUGGCAACAGGUUUAACAAGUUAAUAAUUUUAACAAGUUAAUAAUUUUAACAUUAAUCACCUUACACUCGGCACACAGGGGGAGAAUUAAAGGAAUUAUAUUCCUCUAUUUGUGUGCCUUCGCUAAGGUAAGUAAUGUGACAAGUAUUGGAGUUCAUGAACUUUCCAAACAUCCUUGAUUAAUGUAACUAUUAAGGAUAAGUGUAGACUUGAGGGGGAGUUCCCCAUCUACAUUACGUUACACUCUUUUACUUUAACCAAGUUUUAUUUUUCCCAUCGGGUUUUGUUACUUGGUAAGGUUUUUGAUGAGGUAACAAUACAUAUACGCUUUAUUGAUCAAAGCAAGGAUCAAAUAAACACAGACUUAAUGGAAGAAGUCUAUCGUGACGCUAUACUCUUUUUUCCAGUCAAGGUUAUUUUUUCCCACAGGGUUUUUGUUACUUGACAGAGGUUUUGAUGAGACAACAAGACAGAUACCAAAUUCUAUUCAACUCAGCACAAGGGGGAGUGUUGAAGGAAAUUCUAUGUAGUGUGCUAUCAUUUAUAUAGAAUAUGUAUUAGGGUCAAUUCUAUGUAAACUAUGUAAUUUGGGCCUAUUGGCCUGUACUUGUAAACCCUACUCUAUCCCUAUUUAUAGGGGCAUUCGGUAAUGAAACUUUACGAACAAUUCUCCCUACAACACUUUCAAAAUUUUAUUAUU